AUGUAUUUAAUGAAGAUCAACAUUGCGAUUGAUGGUCCGGCUGGUUCAGGUAAAACUACUCUUGGUCGAGAAUUUGCUCAAAGAAUUAAUUACCAAUUUCUUGACAGCGGACUAUUUUAUCGUUACUUUGCCAAAAUUCUUAUUGAAAAUGGUUGUAAUCCAUCAGAAAAAGAAAAAGUGAUAGAAUUUUGCUCGCAGAAAAAAGUAAUAAUCGCUAAGGAUCCGCAACAUUUUUUUCGGCAAUUAGAAGAUCAACAAACCAUCUUGGCCCAGCCAGAAGUAAGUAACUUGGCUUCACUUUUUUCUCCAAUUCAAGAAUUACGGCAAAUAAUCCGUGAGUUAAUUAGGGAACUAGUAAAGGAUAGAGGAUUUGUAGUAGUUGGCCGGGAUAUGACUUUCAAAGUAUUACCUGAAGCAGAAGUUAAAAUAUUCCUGACUGCUAAUCAAUCAAAAAGGAUUGAAAGAAGAUAUCAACAAUUAAAAACAAACUUAAAUAAUUUGUCUCUGGAAAAAGUAAAAAAAGAUUUGAUUGAACGUGAUAAAAGAGAUGAAUGA